AAUAUGAAUGAUGGAACGUCAGUUGGUCCAGAUGGACCAAAGUCUAUAAAUAGAGAGCAAAUUGUCAAGGAAGGAUGGCUUCAAAAACGAGGUGAACAUUGGAAAAAUUGGAGAUCAAGGUAUUUUGUACUUAUGGAUGAUGGUGCACUGAUUGGAUUCAAGAACAAACCUGAUGACUUUUUCAAUGUGGAACCUCUGAACAAUUUUACUGUCAGAGGCUGUCAAAUUAUGUCAAAUGAUCGGCCUAAACCAUUCACGUUUAUAAUAAGAGGAUUGCAAUGGGCCUCUGUCAUUGAAAGGAUGUUCUGUGUUGAAACAGAACAAGACAGAGAGGAAUGGGUUGCAGCUAUAAAUAUGAUAUCAGGAAGGCUCUCCACUGUUUGUGAAGAUGUGGAAAUGAAUCCCGCCAACACUGAAAUCGGCAUCGUUGAGGACCUGUGUGAAAAAUUCUCCCUUCAGGGCACCUCGAUCUCGAAAUCCACGGGUAAACGGAAAGUGACCCUAGAAAGCUUCGAAUUUCUCAAAGUUUUGGGGAAAGGUACCUUUGGCAAAGUCAUUCUGUGUAGGGAGAAAGCUACUGGGAGACUUUUUGCCAUCAAAAUUCUCAAAAAAGAGGUUAUAAUCCAGAAGGAUGAAGUGGCUCAUACUCAGACUGAAAAUAGGGUACUCAGGAGUACUCAUCACCCAUUUCUAACGUCGUUGAAAUACUCGUUUCAAACCAACGAUCGACUCUGUUUUGUAAUGGAAUACGUAAAUGGUGGGGAACUUUUUUUCCACUUAUCACGUGAAAGAGUGUUUUCUGAGGAUCGCACUCGAUUUUACGGUGCUGAAAUUAUUUCCGCACUCGCCUACCUACACUCUCAGGGAAUCAUCUACAGAGACCUGAAGCUCGAGAACCUGCUGUUGGACAAGGACGGGCACAUAAAGAUCGCCGAUUUCGGGCUGUGCAAAGAGGACAUCACGUACGGCCGGACGACCAAGACGUUUUGCGGCACGCCGGAAUAUCUGGCGCCCGAGGUGCUGGAGGACAACGAUUACGGCAGAGCGGUGGACUGGUGGGGCAUAGGCGUCGUCAUGUAUGAAAUGAUGUGCGGCCGGUUGCCCUUCUACAACAGAGACCACGACGUCCUCUUCACCCUGAUCCUCAUGGAGGAGGUGAAGUUCCCGAAGAAUCUGAGCGCCGAGGCGAAGGACUUGCUGGCCGGCCUGCUGGUCAAGGACCCCACCAGGCGACUGGGCGGGGGACCGGAGGACGCCAAAGAGAUAAUGGCGCACCCCUUUUUCCGGAGCAUCAACUGGAGGGACUUGGAGCUGAAGAAGAUCCCGCCGCCGUUCAAGCCUCAAGUGUCCAGCGACACGGACACGCGCUACUUCGACUCGGAGUUCACCGGCGAGAGCGUCCAGCUGACGCCGCCCGACAUCGGCCGCCCGUUGGGCGCCAUCGAAGAGGAGGAGCGCCGGCCGCCCCCGCACUUCCCGCAAUUCAGCUUCCAGGACGUGUCGUCGACGUUGGGCAGCUCGGCGUACAUCGGGGGCAGCGUGACGAGCGUCGGGCCGAUGCAGUGACGCGGUCUGCUUGUUUCAUGUUCUCUAGCAGCGGGUACUUACGGAAUGCAAUUAGGCAGUAA